CUUAAUUUUUUCAACAUGAAUUGAGAUAAGAACAUUUGACCGGCUGUGCCAAUUUUCAAUGACAUUUAUACUUGUAACAUAUGAUGAAUGUACAACUGAGAUAACACGUGGAUAAGUGUUGAUAAUUUCGCAACAUAUUCAGAACUUUAUUUUGCGUUGGUUUGUACGACGGUUUCAAAGACUGAAAACAAAACAGGCAUGAAGGCAUUGCUAACAUUUUUUCUCCUAAGUGCUCUUUUACCAGAAAGGACUUGUAUAGAAAAUAGCAACGGGGAAGAACAUAUUUUAGAAAAUAUGAAUGUUCCUCCAAACAAGCUGAAAGAUGAGAAGGAGGACAUAAUGCACAUCCUAAAACAACAAAAUAAAGAUCUAGAACUCGAACAAACCGAAGACAAAGAAGAUUUUGAGAGGAUUAAAAGCGAACUUUAUAAAGCCAUAAGCAUUCUGGACAAUCGCUUACGUACAUUUGAGGGUGUAAUAAUGGAUCAAAAUCGUGAAAUUUAUAAACUAAAACAAGAAAAGGAGGAAGACAGGAAUUAUAUCAAUCGAUUAGAAAAGCGCCUUACUCAGUUGGAAUAUAAGUUUGAAAAAAGUGAUGAAAAAAGGAAUUCUUCCUGUGAGAAGAAGUCUAUAGAAGACAUUAGAUCUACUAACUUAAAGAACGUCGAGAGAAUCCAGAAAAGACUUCUCACCCUUCCAACAACUUCUCAUGGUUCUAUUGCAUUUUAUGCAUACAUGUCUGCCUGGAUACCGUCACCAAAUCAACACCAGGUGCUGGUCUUUGAUGAUGUCAAAACUAAUAUUGGAAACGCUUAUCAUCCAUCAACUGGGCUUUUUAUAGUUCCUGAAUCAGGCGUGUACGUCUUUACAUGGAUGUUUCGAACUGGUGCAGCCCAUGACCAUUCAAUUCAGCUACUGAUAAACAAAGACGUAUUCGGUUCUUUGUAUCUUCAGUCAGUUAAUGGUCUAGAAGCACAGGAGACAGGUAUCGUUGUUGCCCAAGUUAACGCUGGAGACGACGUUUACGUGAGAACACAUGCUACGCUAACCUUAGGUACUUCGGACUACAUCCAGAGCAACUCUUACGGAAGAACGUCUUUUGCCGGCUGGAAACUAUUUUAA